UUUGCUGAAUCUACUGCGAGGAUGAAGACCAUUCUCAGCAAUCAGACUGUGGACAUUCCAGAAAAUGUGGACAUCACUCUGAAGGGACGCACAGUUAUUGUGAAGGGCCCCAGAGGCACCCUGCGGAGGGACUUCAAUCACAUCAAUGUAGAACUCAGUCUCCUUGGAAAGAAGAAGAAGAGGCUUCGGGUUGACAAAUGGUGGGGAAAUAGAAAGGAACUGGCUACUGUUCGCACUAUCUGUAGUCAUGUACAGAACAUGAUCAAGGGUGUCACACUGGGCUUCCGUUACAAGAUGAGGUCUGUGUAUGCUCACUUCCCCAUCAACGUCGUUAUUCAGGAGAAUGGUUCUCUUGUGGAAAUCCGAAAUUUCUUGGGUGAAAAAUACAUCCGUAGGGUUCGGAUGAGGUCAGGUGUUGCUUGUUCAGUAUCUCAAGCCCAGAAAGAUGAGUUAAUUCUUGAAGGAAAUGACAUUGAACUUGUAUCAAAUUCAGCUGCUUUGAUUCAACAAGCCACAACAGUUAAAAACAAGGACAUCAGAAAAUUUUUGGAUGGUAUCUAUGUUUCUGAAAAAGGAACAGUUCAGCAGGCUGAUGAAUAAAGUGUAAGUUGUCCAGCUACAGAAGCACCAAGAUGUCAAGGCACCAAGCGAAUCUGAACUUUGUGAUAUUUUGAAGGAGCAAUAAAAGACAUGUAUUGAAAAA